AUGAUGCCAUCAGGCAUCCCUGAAAAUGCCCCGGUCCUUUCAGAGAAGGAAGCGGCAGAGGCUCUGAAGAAAUUUGUCAAAAAGAACCGGACGCCCAAAGAUCGUGCAAAGUUUAUGAGUACCCCGACUCCGAUGUUGACUCCGGUAGAGACCAGUGAACAAGGGGAACAACCAGCACCUGAAGAAGAGCGCCCCGUGGAACCAUCAAUGAGCCUCCCUGGCACCAUGCCAGGCCUUUCCCUUCUGGUCGCCGACGCCGACGCAUCCAUGAAGAAGCUGGUUGAAGAGAAGCUGGCAAAGUUUGACAUUUUCGAUUCCAUAGACGAGGAGCGCAUCAAGGAGUUCGAAGCAGCAGCAGAGCGAAGCAAAGCUCAGUCAAAUUACAAAGAAUACAAAGCCAAGAACAAAAAGAUCGAUCCAAACAAGUUCUCAUCCGUGUCCGUCGUCCAACGCCGAGAAGAUGGACACAGCGUGAUGACUUAA